AUGAAAAGGCUUGUACCGUCUAAUAAGCCUGGCGAGGAAAUCAGUCUCCCCGGGUUCUCUAGGAACCCGCCGAGAGCCGACCGAGGAGUUAAUCCUAGCCGGUGUUUUGGCUGCGGAUUGCUCAGAUUUCAAUUCGAACAAGUAGUUCCUGGGAUUAGCGCGUUCAACCAAACUAAUAAACAAAUUCUUCAGCUUUAUGAUAUUAGUACAGAUUACGAAAUCAAUGCUGAAACAAUAAAAUUAUAA